AUGUCGAAUUACGGGGGCCGCCGAGCGCCCAACUUCGCUCAAUAUCUCGAGGACCUUAACACCAUCCCAUCGCCAUAUGACCAAUCCGCACAACAGCAACGAUCCACCGAGCCCUUCAACCUCGAUGCCGAGUUGGCGCUCUUCACAAACACCGAGUUCUUGGACUUUGGUCACUUUGGCGAUAUGAACAUGCCGCUGGGAUUCAGUCCCGCGGAAGAGGAACACAAGCCACAGGAAGAGAAGCAUGUGGUGGAAAAACACCUCGAUAUGAAUUAUAUGGAUAUGUUGAAUGACCUGGGUACUAUUCCCGAUUACACUACAACCUUUACCUCUGCGGAGGAGUCGCGCAACCUCCAACAAAUGAACUCGACUUUCCACUCUAUACCCGCUGUGCAAGAUACCACCGCCCGCCCAGCUGAAAAGACCAACACUCGCGUACCCAAGACCGAAAUCCCAUCCCCAACCGACAUCUCCGCCUUCGUCUCAACCCCCAUGCAAGUCGCAGGCACAAAACGCAAGCAAUCCACCGACGCCAAGAGCCUCGACGAAUCCGCCCGCGCCGCUGCAGAGGAAGACAAACGCCGCCGCAACACAGCCGCCAGCGCACGAUUUCGCGUGAAGAAGAAGCAGCGCGAACAAGCGCUCGAAAAAUCCGUCAAGGAAGCAAGCGAGAAGAACGCCGUGCUGGAAGCACGCGUCUCGCAACUCGAACUCGAAAAUCAGUGGUUGAAGAACCUCAUCACAGAGAAAAAUGGCUCCGAGUCCGGCGAGGGCAAACAACGCAGCGAAACCGAUAUUGCACACAUGUUCAAGAACUUUCUCGCCAGCCACAAGGCCGGUAAAGAGCAAUCUUCCGAGUCCAAGAUUGGCGUUGGCACUGCCUAA